AUGGACCAUUAUGUUUUUUGCUGGAAGCACAGAGAAAAAUGUGGGGUUCUAUUGUAUUUGUGGUUCUUUGGUUGAAUUCUGUGAGCAAUGCAGCUGUAGCUCGUUGGAGUCCUCGAGCUCUAUCAGAGGAACAACCUCAAACCCCACAGUUUUCUGGGCUGCCAUCUGGGUCUCUGGUUCCCCAGCUUUCUGGGCCACUUCUUUUUCAGCCAUCUUGGCAACUUCCCUCUCAACCUUCUGGGCCUCUGGCUCCCCAGCCUUCCGGGCCACUUUUUUCCCAGCCUUCCGGGCCACUUUUUUCCCAGCCUUCCGGGCCACUUUUUUCCCAGCCUUCCGGGCCACUUUUUUCCCAGCCUUCCGGGCCACUUUUUUCCCAGCCUUCCGGGCCACUUUUUUCCCAGCCUUCCGGGCCACUUUUUUCCCAGCCUUCCGGGCCACUUUUUUCCCAGCCUUCCGGGCCACUUUUUUCCCAGCCUUCCGGGCUGUUACCACCAGGGUCUGAUCCUCAGGUACAGGUAACUACUGCUGAUAAAUGUAAUCUGGAUGAUUCUGACAAGAUUCCCUGUGGUGAACCAGGCUUGGAUGCUUCCCACUGUGGUGCUAUAAACUGCUGCUUUGAUGGGCAGCAGUGCUACUAUGGUAAAACAGUGACUGUCCAGUGCACAGUCGAUGGGCAGUUUGUUUUGGUGGUGGCCCGGAAUACAACACUUCCUAGGAUCAGCUUGGAUUCCAUCAGCCUGUUGGGAGGAAGUGAUGGGCCCUGUGCUGUUGUGGACUAUAAUGCUGACUUUGCUAUAUACCAGUUUCCUGUAACUGCUUGUGGAACAAACGCAAUGGUGUUUAGUGACUAUGUGGUCUAUGAGAACAAAAUGGUGUCUUCCUAUGAAGUUGGUGUGGGACCCCUUGGUUCCAUCACAAGAGACAGCCACUACGAGUGAGUUAGAUUCAUGGAUUCUGAAGAUUUGUUUUGCAAGUUGUGAGCUUUUAUUAAUCUCUUAAAUCCUUUUGCCAGGCUUUACUUCCAGUGUAGAUAUUCUGCUACAAGUGUCGAGUCCCUGGCUGUUGCACUUUCUUCCAAUGAUCCUCCUCUACCUUUAAUGGCUUCUGGCCCGCUCAGGGUAGAGCUGAGGCUUGGCAAUGGUCAGUGUGUGACAAAGGGCUGUGUGGAAG